GAUGGAUUGAAGCCUAGCAAGAGUGAUAACCAAAAGCUUUCAUUUCUUUUUUUAAUUUUUAUUUUAAGAAAAUUUGUAGGCAAGGAACUUCUCCUGCUUUGAAUUCAAAAUCUUGAAGAACUGAGGCUAAUUUUCUCAAUGGAGAUCCAAACCGACAAGCGGUCCUCUCUAAGGUUGUUAAUGCCUGUGAACAGAUUUUAGCAAUUCUACAGUGAUGUAGUUCUCAACUGAUGGCAGCAUGUGAGGUGCAAGUUUACCGGUAUAGACAUCCAUCUUUGUUUAUUCUUGCACAACCUUUUUGGAGUUAGUUCUGAUAAGAUCUUUUAUUUGAUUACGAUUUUGAAAUCUGUACCUAAGGCUGAAGUUUGGAAACACCACACAACUUUUGGAAUUGCAGCAUUUUAACAACAUGCUUUAUUCUUCUUACUAAUCCUGAUUCAUAUUCUUUCAUAGCCCUUUUUUCCUCAUCAAUCAAAUCCCUAUAUCUUGUGAUUAAUCUGCAGCAAAUAUUCCUCCUGAGUGGGUGCUUAAAUUCUUCGAAACAGAGGGAUACUUGUGAAGAAAGACACACAUGCCCAAAUUAAGUCCAAUAAUGUUUCUCCAACGGGACAUCAGUUGUAUAGAGACAAAGGGGCCUAGUUUUCGAUGGGAAAUGAGCUGCUGGAUUUUAAGAAUGGUUUUGAGUUUGUUGUGGCGGGUCGUAAGCUUGUCAAGUUUGAGAUCUCGUUCUUGUUUCUAAGCGAACCUAAGCCGAAACACCUGGUUUUUUCCGAUCCAUCUCCUCUGGGAAAAUGCGUUGAAUGGGCUUAAUGAGAUUUUCAAGUCCCUUAAGCUUUUA